AACAAUGUAUUUAAGCGUUUAUAUUUUGCAACGGAAAAGGCGCAAAAAUUAUUACUUCAUGUUUACAUCUCAUAAGACGAGGGAAGGAGGACGCUUAAAUGUGAGAGAGAACGAGCGAUUUAAGAAUUGCUAGUGCGAUUCGCGCCUUUUCCGUUGAAUAAUAUAGACGCUUCUAACAUUGUUCAGUUUUCUUUUAAAUAAUUCACCCAAUUCUUUUAUUUGCAAAACAAAAAUGAAUAAAGAUUAUGUGUGGGAUGAUUACCGCUAUAUGAUUAAUAGCAAGAGUGAUACUGCUACAUCAUUUGUUUGCUGCAAAUACAAAUCUGGUCAAUGUGGUGGUCGUGGAACACUUGAAAAUGGUAAUUUUGAAGUAACUCAACAGCACAACCAUAGGCCAAAUCUGUUAGAGUUGGAAGACAGAGCAUUUAAGAGGGCUUUGUUCGAUAAAGUGACAACUUCCAGAAAAAGUGAUAAAAAAAUUUAUCAACAAAUUCGAUUAUUGCAUUCUCAAGCUUCUAUAAGAUUGCCAUUUCCAAAGUUGGAGAGCAAUAUGCGGAAAUAGAGAAAAAAAUUUUCUCCUCCAACUGCAGAUUCAUUAGCCUCAUAUGCUGAAAUUGUCAACUCUGCCAAUUGGCAAAACAUAAAAGACUACGAUGCUGGGUCCAUAGACAUUUCACAUGUUUUGGCGGAGGAUGGAUCUGAAUCUGUAGUAUUAUGUGACAUCAAUUUUGCGCAAUCUGUAUACGAUACUCCAGUCAUAUAAAUUGAUGGCACAUUUAAAGUUGUGCCACCAGCUGUCAAAGGAAGACAACUAUUAUCGCUUAUGGCUAUUAAGUAUGAUUAUGCAAGUAAAUAAUUUAAAAUUAAAAAAAAAUUUCAAUUUUAAAGUCUAUCUAUUAAACUGUAUUACAUUUUUAAAAAAUUGUUCCUCUUUUGCUUACAAUUAGACAUUCCAAUGCUUAUAUUGCUCUUACAUUUAUGUUUGUUUAUCAAACAAA